AUGAGUGAUAAGAUUGAGAAUCCAGCUCAACCAGAAGCUGCUGCUGCUCAAGCCACUCAAGCUGCUCCAGCUGAAGGUGCUCCAAAAGUUAAAACUGAAAAAGAAUUAGAAAAAGAGCGUAAGAAGGCUGAAAAAUUAGCUAAAUUUAAAGCUAAAGAAGCUAAAAAGGCUGAAGAUAAGAAGAAAGCUGAAGCUAAUAAAGAAUCUAAACCAAAGAAAGAAAAAAAAGUUGUUGAACCAAUUCCUGAAUUCGUUGAUAAAACUGUUGCUGGUGAAAAGAAAAUCUUGGUCAAUUUAGAAGAUCCAUCUUUAAAAGCUUACGAUCCAAAAAAUGUUGAAAGUUCAUGGUAUGAAUGGUGGGUCAAAGAAGGUUUAUUUGAACCAGAAUUUGCUGAAAAUGGUGAAUUUAAACCAGAAGGUGUUUUCUGUAUUCCAGCACCACCACCAAAUGUUACUGGUGCUUUACAUAUUGGUCAUGCUUUAACCGUUUCCAUUCAAGAUACUUUAAUUAGAUAUAACAGAAUGAAAGGUAAAACUGUUUUAUUCUUACCUGGAUUCGAUCAUGCUGGUAUUGCUACACAAUCUGUUGUUGAAAAACAAUUAGCUAGAGAUGGUAUUUCAAGACAUACUUUAGGUCGUGAAGCUUUUAUCAAGAAAGUUUGGGAAUGGAAAGAAGUUUACCAUGCUAAAAUCAAAAGUCAAUUUACAAGAUUAGGUGCUUCAUAUGAUUGGAAUUAUGAAAGAUUCACCUUAGAUGAUAACUUAUCUAAAUCAGUUACUGAAGCUUUCGUCAAAUUACAUCAAGAAGGUGUUAUCUAUAGAGCUUCCCGUUUAAUUAACUGGUCAGUUCAUUUAAACACUGCUUUAUCUAAUUUAGAAGUUGAUAACAAGGAAAUUCCAGGUAAAACCUUAUUAUCAGUUCCAGGUUAUGAUGAAAAAGUUGAAUUUGGUGUUUUAACUUCAUUUGCUUAUCCAGUUGAAAACUCUGAUGAAAAAUUAGUUGUUGCUACAACUCGUCCAGAAACUUUAUUUGGUGAUACAGGUGUUGCCGUUCAUCCAGAAGAUCCAAGAUAUAAACAUUUACAUGGUAAAUUUGUUAUUCAUCCAUUCUUAGGUACCAAAAUCCCAAUUGUCACCGAUGCUGAAGCCGUUGAUAUGGAAUUCGGUACUGGUGCUGUUAAAAUUACCCCAGGUCAUGACACAAACGAUUACAACACUGGUAAACGUAACAACUUGGAAAUCGUCAACAUUUUAACUGAUGAUGGUGUUUUGAACGAAAAUGCUGGUGAAUGGGCUGGUAUUAAGAGAUUCGAUGCUAGAAAGAAAGUUAUUGAAGCUUUGAAAGAAAAAGGUUUAUUUGUUGAACAAACUGAAAACCCAAUGACUAUCCCAAUCUGUUCAAGAUCUGGUGAUGUUAUUGAACCAUUAUUAAAACCACAAUGGUGGGUUUCCCAAAAAGACAUGGCUGCUGAAGCUAUUAAAGCCGUUAGAAACGGUGAUAUUACAAUUACACCAAAAUCUUCAGAAGCUGAAUAUUUCCAUUGGUUAGAAAACAUUCAAGAUUGGUGUAUUUCUCGUCAAUUAUGGUGGGGUCAUAGAUGUCCAGUUUACUUCGUUCAAAUUGAAGGUGAAACUAAUGAUGAAAACGAUGAUAACUACUGGGUUUCAGGUAGAACUUUACAAGAAGCUGAAGAACAAGCUGCUCAAAGAUUUGCUGGUAAAACUUACACUUUAAGACAAGAUGAAGAUGUCUUAGAUACCUGGUUUUCAUCUGGUUUAUGGCCAUUUUCCACUUUAGGAUGGCCAGAAAAGACCAAUGAUUUAUCUAAAUUCUACCCAUGGUCAAUGUUAGAAACUGGUUGGGAUAUUUUAUUCUUCUGGGUUUCAAGAAUGAUUUUAUUAGGUUUGAAAAUGACUGGUGAAAUUCCAUUUAAAGAAGUUUUCUGUCAUUCAUUAGUUCGUGAUGCUCAAGGUAGAAAAAUGUCUAAAUCAUUAGGUAAUGUUGUUGAUCCAUUAGAUGUUAUUACAGGUAUUUCUUUAGAAAACUUACACAGUAAAUUGUUAGGUGGUAAUUUGGCUGCUAAAGAAGUUGAAAAGGCCAAAGCUGGUCAAAAAGAAUCAUAUCCAAAUGGUAUUCCACAAUGUGGUACUGAUGCUUUAAGAUUUGCCUUAUGUGCUUAUACUACUGGUGGUCGUGAUAUCAACUUGGAUAUUUUACGUGUUGAAGGUUAUAGAAAAUUCUGUAACAAAAUUUAUCAAGCUACUAAAUUCGCUUUAUUACGUCUUGGUGAUGAUUAUAAACCACCAGCUACUGAAGGUUUAACUGGUCAAGAAUCAUUAGUUGAAAAAUGGAUCUUACAUAAAUUAAAUGAAACUUCUAAAAUUGUUAAUGAAUCAUUUGAAAAGCGUGAUUUCUUAACUUCAACUUCAGCCAUCUAUGAAUAUUGGUAUCAAGUUUGUGAUGUUUACAUUGAAAACUCCAAAUCAUUAAUUUUAGAAGGUUCAGAAGCUGAACGUAAAUCAGCAAGAGAUACAUUAUACACAACCAUUGAUGGUGCUUUAAGAUUAAUUCAUCCAUUCAUGCCUUUCUUAUCUGAAGAAAUGUGGCAACGUUUACCACGUCGUGGUUCUGAUAACACUAAAUCAAUUGUUAAAGCUGCUUAUCCAACUUACAACAAAGAAUUUGAUAAUGCUAAAGCAAGUGCUGAUUAUGAAACUAUCUUGGAUGUUACUAAAGAAGCUCGUUCAUUAUUAGCUCAAUACAACAUCAUCAAGAACGGUAAAGUUUUCGUUGAAGCUUCAAACGCUGAACAAUUUGAAACUAUCACUGCUCAAAAAGAAUCAAUCGUUGCAUUAAUUAAAGCUAUUGACUCAAUCGAGGUUGUUAAAUCAGUUGAAGAAAUCCCACAAGGUGUUGUUUUACAAGCCGUUUCACCAGAAAUCAAUGUUCAUUUAUUAGUUAAAGGUCAUGUUGAUAUUGAUGCUGAAAUUUCUAAAGCUCAAAAGAAAUUAGAUAAAGUUCAAAAGAGUAAACAAUCAAUUGAAAAAAUCGUCAACAGUAAAGAUUAUGCUUCAAAAGCUAACCAAGAAGCUCAAGAACAAAAUAAAACCAAAUUAGAAAACGCAGCUGCUGAAAUUGAAGGUUUCGAACAAACCAUUGCCAACUUGGAACGUUUAAAAUUAUAG